AUGUUUGUCAGCCAUCUGACAUCACUUCAGUCGCCAUCAUCUUCCUCAUCAUCGUUAUUCUGCUCCACUAUAUUUCGUGUACGUCGAAAGCGAACUGCUGAUCCACAUGAAGCUUUGGUUAUUUCAUUAAAACGCCCAAAACAAGUGUCAGAUGUAACAGAACCAAUCAUUUGUUUUCGAGCUUCAACAACUAACUUAAAGCUGGGGUUCGGUGGUGUUACUCAUUCGCAGCAUUUUAAUAUAAUCGAUGUGGAUCCACAUCAGAACACUGUGAACACAGUAGGACUACCACCAUCCAACACUGAUGAAGAAACAGAAGACAGUAAGAGUGACGUUUCAUCUAGCAGCUCUCUGGAACUAAUGAAAGACUCUGUAGAAGAACCAUCGUCUAGCAGCAAGAUAAACGGUGAAACGACUAUUAAGUCGAGUCAGAUAACGUUAAAUGGAGAGCCGUUGCUAGUGCUAAGCGGUCAGGAUGAUGAAGACUUCAUUUUUGAUUAUUAUUGGAGCUCCAAGACGGAUGGGUGUACGGCUUAUCAAAUCCGAGAUGUUCGCUUAGCAAAAGCUGAUGAUUUACUAUGUGAUGGUGAAGACACAGAAAGCAGUGCAGGGGAUGACGAUGAGGAUUCGAAUGAUGAAAACAAUUGGCGUAACGAUUACCCUGAUGAAUCCGACCAUACUACUUCUGGUUGUGGUUCAGACGAAGACACAGCAUCAGAUGGAUUUAAUGAUUGUGAAGAUCUAGAAAGACAUAUUGGUGAAAUGGGUUUCGAUGAUGAAGAGGAUAGUGAAGGUGAUGGAGAUAAUUGA